GACGGCUCGAGUGUCUUGGCAUGCGUGACUCGCAGUGAUGCGAUCUACAAAGCAGCACAAGCCGAGCGUGCUGACUCCAAGAUGUAACAAGUCUUGCGACCAGAGCUUUGAUCGCUUGUCGGUGCGAUCGAUAAUGACGCGGACGCGACGCGAACAGAUACAGCUGGCCAGCCGACCGAACAAGUCCCAGAGUGCUGCCCCGCUGCUCUGAGCGCUCCCACAGAUUCAUCGAAGCUUCGUCAGCGAUCGGCAGCUAGUCAAUGCCGCCGAAGCGCAGGGCCGCAUCCACAGUUGUCGAAGAAGACACGCUCAAUUUCAAAGAGACGCUCUCGGUUCUCAAGGACUUUUUCGAAGUCGCACUACACCAGAUCCUGUACCUACGCCAGGUCUACCCUCGAGGCGAGCGCAUGUGCGAUGAUGACAAGAUCCGCAUUGACAAUGACGCAGACUUCUUCACGAAACGCAAGAAAUACGAAGUCGACGUCUGGCAGUGUCAUGUCCCCGUUCUCUCAGAAUACGUCCUUGGCAUCGUCAAUUCGACAGCGGACGAGCUCAGCAAGGAGCAAGUCAGCCAGCUUAUCGUCUCCAUUCAGGACAAUGCGACACACGAGAGUCUUGAGAACUACAUCUUCGAUGUACAGUAUUUCCCAACCGUCGAUCGGGUCAAUAGGUCACCCGCUGGCAUCUCCAAGGACGAGAUUGAGGACUACAUGAGGGCAUACAUCAUGAGUCUCUCAACCAUCGAAUCUCGCGUGCAGACAGGUCUGCCAGAAGAUCUCACCUUUACCACCUUUCUCACUCUUGUCGAGCCCGGCGAGGGGCCCCCUACAUCUGAAGAGGAGCGCAAGAAGGAUCUGACCUCGAAGUGGGUGCCUGCUCAGAGGCAGGUCGAGCCUGUUCGCGCGGACCCGAGUGCGCCCAUCACUGUCAUCGACAGCUCUCAAGACACUGUGAGCAGCGUGUCAGAGCGUAACAAGCUCACUCCCCUCAAGUCAUACGCCCUCGGCCCUCUAGCACUGCAAUUGUUCGUCGAAGAAACGGCCGAGAAGGCUAGACUGCUCCAGAAGCUGCGCACGCGAGACGGCGCGCUCUCUUCGUCAGCACCGACGGUCGUCGACAAGGGCAAGAGACGAGCUGUUGAUUAG